AUGGCUACCAACCAAACUUUGCUUGUGGAACAAUUAGAUGCUUCAAAAGAUUUCAUCAACAUGAAGGUGAGGAUAAUCCGUCGUUGGAUUAAUCCCUGGCAGAGGCUUGAGAUGGUGUUGGUUGAUGAGAAGGGUGCAAAAAUCCAGUGUAUGGUAAAGAAAGACUUGGUUCCUAUCUUUGAUAAUCUGAUCAAAGAAGAUACUGCGGUUAUCAUCAAGAGGUUUGGUAUUGGUGUGAAUGAUGACCCUUUCCCUGUGGUUAAACAUAAGCUAAAGUUAAGCUUUUACAAAAGUACAGAGGUGCAGCAUGGUGUAACUUUUACUGAUCUUGCUUAUGGAUUCUCAUUCACACCUUUCAAUGAAAUAACUGUGACCAAAGCUAGAGAUAAAGAUACCCUCAAUAUUGAUGUUAUUGGUUGUGUAAUUUGGUGUGGGAAUCUGGAGGUGUUCAAGUCAGCAACAAAUACCUCAAAGAGGUUCAACUUGGAGUUGAAAGAUCUGGAUGGUGUAACCCAACGUUGUACUUUGUGGAAUGAUUAUGCUGUUCAAUUUAUUGACUUUGUGGAGAAUAACAAAUCUGAAGAGCAUGUCAUCACCAUCAUGCAACAUGCCAUCAUAAACGAAUGGAAUGAAAAUUUGACUGUCCAAAGUGAUAAGUUUGGUACUAGGAUUUUCAUAAAUGAGGAUAUACAAGAAGCAAAUGACUUUAGGAGGAGAUUGAUACUAAAGGAAGGAGCUGCUCAAGGAUCACAUACAACUUUCACAACACAAACUGUUUACCCAAAUCGGUUAGAGUUCAUCCUAAACAGUGAUAAGAAACAAUUAGACGAGGUUAGAGAAGCUGAACAGCCUGGAGAUGUUGUAGUUGUGGCCACAAUAGCUAUGUUUGAACCAGAGUUUGGAUGGUUCUUUAUUGCUUGCAAAAAAUGUUCAAAGAAAGUCAUAAGCAAAAUGGAGUACUUGGAAAUUGCCGAUGAAGAAGAGCUCACUGAUGAGCUUAUCAAUGCUCCCGGUGACAGUAUCUGGUGUCGAAAAGAAAAAAAGAUAGCAACAGAAGUUGGACCCAAGUUCAGAGUCACCAUGAGAGUCCAAGACAGCACAGGCAGUGCCUUUUUUGUAAUGUGGGAUAGAGAUGUCCAGAAGCUACUUGGUUUGUCUGCCCAUGAUAUCCAUCAAAGACAACUGAAUAAUAAUGAUGAUGAGACUUACCCGCAUGAACUUGAAGGGUUGCUAAAUGUGAAAGUUGCAUUUAAGAUAAAAAUAGACAACUACAAUGUGAAACACAAGGGCAGUGCUUAUACUGUCAACAAGAUGUGUGAUGAUCCCGAUAUCAUUGCGGAGUUAGAAGAUGAAGAAAAUGACAAUGAGGUUCAACAACAGGAAACCAUGCCAGAAAUUGUGUCAGCUAUUAAGCUUGCUGAGGAGUCGCAAGGUGGACCCGAUUCAAAGGAUGCUUUCUCUGUUACUGGCGAUUCUUUAGCCGCCGAGAUUGAAAAAGAUUGUGAGACCAGCCCUUUGCAAAAGCGACCUAAUGAUACUCCAGGUGUUGAAUCAACAAGUAAGUCUAGAAAAAGGGUUCGCAAGGCGAAAAUAUACUAA